GAAUACGUAUUCGUUUAUAAAAGAUGAAGUUCAAUUUUUUAUAUCGUUUAUUACUAGUUUCUAAAUGCUGAAAAUAAGGAGAAACGCAAUUUGUGAAAUUUUUACAUUCUAAAAGAAUACCAUUUUUUCAAACUUUGUGGAAUGCUAUUUGAUUUAAUUCUGUUGGCGAUCUAUAGUUAAAGUAAGGUUAAAAACUAACCUGCGAUUAAUAUUUGAUAGAAAUGGUGAAUUACAUAUUUAAGUAAGAUAAAGUUACAUAAAUCUUAGAAAAUGCUGUGUUACAAUGGAAAGCUUAGUUUCUUUUGUUUUAUCGCCGCUGGUUUAAUCGCAAUCCUACCAGAAGUAUUGUUAAGGUUAGAAUUCAAUGUUUUUCAAGAAUAUUUUAACAACAUUUGGUUUACGCAUUUAUUUCAAUAUGGAUUCUUAAAUAUACUUGUACUUCUUGCGUUUCGCGACUUUGCUUAUCAGGUUGCUGUAAGGGCAGUUCUCCUAGGAUAUGCCUUUGGUAUUGGGAUUAUUGUGUCCUUUGUUGCACCAUCUUCAUGGCAAAUGUUCGGAGUAUAUAUCACUAUAAUGGCAAUAUUCCAUUACACAGAAUUUCUAAGCAUAGCUUGGAUAAAUCCAUCUACUCUUUCCAUCGACAGUUUUAUUCUAAAUCACAGCAUAGCUUAUGGAGUAGCAGCAUGUUCUAGCUGGAUAGAAUUUGUCAUAGAAAGGCAUUAUUAUUCCGCAAUGAAAGAAUCUUCUUUUAUAUCAUACUUUGGACUUGUACUAUGCAUUUGCGGGGAAGUUUUGAGGAAAUUGGCAAUGUUUACUGCCAAGCAUAAUUUUAAUCAUAUUGUGCAGAGUGAAAAGAUGGAUAGUCACGAACUGAUUACGUAUGGAGUUUACAGAAUUUGCAGGCAUCCUAGUUAUGUGGGCUGGUUUUAUUGGUCUAUAGGAACGCAGCUAAUACUCCAGAAUCCAGUUUGUUUCCUUGCAUACACUGGAGUAUCUUGGAAGUUCUUCCACGAUCGCAUUUUAAUCGAAGAGAUCACUCUGCUUAAUUUCUUUGGGCAGGAUUACGUAGAAUAUCAGAAGAAAGUUAGUACAGGACUACCAUAUAUAUCUGGUUACAAGCUGAAUUUAUAGCAGCCAGUAUGUGUCUGAAACACUCUAUCAAUUCCUCAGGUUUAAUCUUAACAUUAUUUGUACUGACUAUGUUUUUUAUUGUACCUCAAGCAACAAUGCAAUAAUUAAGGGAGGUUUUCUUAACAAAAUUAUAUUUAUUGUCUCAUUUCAUUUUGAAGAAUUAUUCAUAUAACAAUAGACUACACUUUCAUUAUAUGGUUACUUUCAGUUGGUAGAUUAUACACUUUCUUUUUAUAUUUAUGCUUAUUACAUAUAUGUGUGUGUGUGUGUGUGUGUGCGCGCGUGUAUAUAUAUAUACAUAUAUAUAUAUACGAAAUGCAAAGUAAUAAAUAUAAUGCUGUAGCUAACAUUUGCAUUGACAUUUAGAAAGCAUUCGUUCGAUGUUGGAUAAUAAGAAAGUUUUAGAGAUUUCAGCAAUGUACUUACAAUAUCAUUAAGUCUGUACAUAAUCAUUUACAAUAUUUUAGUAUCGACAAAGCUUUUUGAUAUACUGAUGUUAAUUAUCGAUCUUGCCUUGAUGAUUCAUGGCCUAUAUAUUUUUAUUAUUGUGAAACCAAAGAAUGAAUUUAGAUUAUGAGAAUUUUACUAAGAGAAUAUGUAGUAUUAUUUAUAGAUAGAAAAAAGAAAAAUGAAAAAUAAUUGAAUUAUCGUUGUGCAUUAGACUUGAGUCACACAAAAUGUAUAUUAUCAUAUUUUGUUUGUCAUACGAAUCUAGAAAAUGCCCAUGAUUGUUACUACUUUCCAUGUGAGAGAAUCUGCAUUUUUUAAUUGACAGUUUAAUAGGCAAAUGCACUAACAAAAGGAAAUAAAUGACAAUGUAUCGUUGUAAUAAUUCAUGAAUAAACAAAUAAUAGUAAUCUGUAAAUGUA